UCAGGAUUGAGAAUGGGGAGCAGGGAAGAGGAGCGGCGAAAACUCGCCGACAUCAUUAACCACUGGAACGCCAACCGGCUCGACCUGUUCGAGAUCAGUCAGCCAACGGAGGAGCUGGAGUUCCAUGGCGUCAUGCGCUUCUACUUCCAGGACCGCGUGGCGGGGAACUUCGCCACCAAGUGCAUCCGCGUGUCCAGCACGGCCACCACGCAAGACGUCAUCGAGACGCUGGCUGAGAAGUUCCGCCCCGACAUGCGCAUGCUCUCCUCGCCGCGCUACUCCCUCUACGAGGUGCACGUCAGCGGGGAAGAACGGAAGCUGGACCUGGACGAGAAGCCGCUGGUGGUGCAGCUCAACUGGAACAAGGACGACCGCGAGGGCCGCUUCGUGCUCAAGAACGAGAACGACAUCAUCCCCAAGAAGACACAGAUCAAUGGGCCAGAGAGGGAAAAAGAAGGCGUGAUCCAGAACUUCAAGCGGACGCUGUCCAAGAAGGAGAAGAAAAAAGAGAAGAAGAAAGAGAAGGAUGCUUUUGCCCGUAUCCCGGACGGAGAUGAAAGUGCACUCAUAGGGGACGGGGAGAACUCGCGUCUUGCGCAGGAGGUGUACAAGGAGAUGCCGGAGACGAGCUUCACGCGCACCAUCUCCAACCCUGAGGUGGUCAUGAAGAGGAGAAGACAGCAGAAGCUGGAGAAGAGGAUGCAGGAGUUCCGCAACAAUGACGGAAGACCUGACUCAGGGGGCACAUUGCGGAUCUACGCUGACAGCCUGAAGCCCAACAUCCCGUAUAAGACCAUCCUGUUGUCCACCACAGACACGGCCGACUUCGCUGUGGCCGAGGCACUAGAGAAAUACGGCCUGGAGAAGGAGAGCCCCAGAGACUACUGCAUUGCUCGGGUGGUUCACUCAGAAGAUAAGCCUGUGAAGGAGGCAAUCCUGGAUGACAUGGAGUGCCCACUGCAGAUCUUCAGGGACUGGACCAGUGAUAAAGAGGCCUUAGUGUUCCAGCUGAAGAAGAGACCUCCAGACUACGUUCCAAAGAAGGGCCGCAAACAAGAUGGCAUGCGCGGCUCCGUUCCCCCCGAGAAACUGCCCUACCUGGUGGAGCUCAGUCCAGGGCGCGGGAACCACUAUGGCUACUACGCCUAUCGCCACCAUGAAGACGGCUCGGACUCCAGGGACAAGCCCAAGUUGUACCGCCUCCAGCAGAGUGUCACUGAGGUGGGCUCCGACUGCACGGACGACGGCUCCAUCCAGCUCUUUGGGCCAGGUGUCCUCCCCCAUCACUGCAACCUGCUGCACGCCGACGGCCUGGUGACGGUGACCCCGGCCACCCCGGAGGCGGAGACUCUGCUUGACGGACAGCGGGUCGUGGACACCACCCUCCUGCGCAGCGGUGCCACGCUGCAGUUUGGACACGCCCACGUCUUCAAGUUCGUGGACCCCGCCCAAGAGAACCUCGGAGGCAAGCGAGAGCCGGGGCCCAUGAUGAAGGCACGCCACAAGUCAGGGAGUGUCGCGGAGCCAAACUUUGACCCGCACGGGGACAUCCACAGCUCCGCUCUCCCCACCAGCAAGAGCUCAGGGAAGUUGGACAUGGAGCGGGCAGGCAAUGGCAGUGAGAGGGGCAUGGUGAAGCCGAUGAUCCGUGGGGAGCAGCAGGACUUCAGCAGGUCCCACGAUGCCCUGGGCCCCGAGCUCACGCUGCCGGCCAGCAUCGAGUUCCGGGAGAACUCUGAGGAUGCCUUCCUGUCUGCAAUCAUCAACUACACCAACAGCUCCACUGUGCAUUUCAAGCUGUCCCCCACCUACGUGCUCUACAUGACCUGCCGCUACGUCAUGUCCAGUCAGUACCGGCCCGACAUCAGCCCGUCCGAGCGCACGCACAAGGUCAUCGCCAUCGUCAACAAGAUGGUGAGCAUGAUGGAAGGAGUCAUCCAGGAGAUUGCUGAUGGUGAUCAGAAGCAGAAGAACAUUGCCGGCGCUCUGGCCUUCUGGAUGGCCAACGCCUCGGAGCUGCUCAACUUCGUCAAGCAGGACAAGGAUCUGAGCCGCAUCACGCUGGACGCGCAGGACGUGCUGGCCCACCUCGUGCAGAUGGCUUUCAAGUACCUGGUCCACUGCUUGCAAUCUGAUCUCAACAACUACAUGCCUGCCUUCCUGGACGACCCCGAGGAGCAGAACCCCCAGAGGCCUAAAAUAGAGGACGUCCUCCACACACUGACCGGCGCCAUGUCCCUGCUGCGCCGCUGCCGAGUCAACGCGGCACUGACCAUCCAGCUGUUCUCCCAGCUGUUCCACUUCAUCAACAUGUGGCUCUUCAACAAGCUGGUGACGGAGGCCGACUCGGGCCUCUGCUCCCACUACUGGGGCGCCAUCCUGCGCCAGCAGCUGAGCCACAUUGAGGCCUGGGCAGAGAAACAGGGCCUGGAGCUGGCCGCAGACUGCCACCUCAGCCGCAUAGUACAGGCCACCACCCUGCUGACCAUGGAUAAGUACUCUCUGCAGGACGUACAGAACAUCAACAACACGUGCUUCAAGCUCAACUCACUGCAGCUCAACGCCCUCCUCAGCAACUACCACUGUGCCCCCGACGAGCCCUACAUCCCACCCGAGCUGAUUGACCACGUGGUGUCUGUGGCCGAGAACACGGCGGACGAGCUGGCCCGCAGCGACGGGCGCGAGGUGCAGCUGGAGGAGGACCCCGACCUGCAGCUGCCCUUCCUCCUGCCGGAGGACGGGUACUCGUGCGACGUGGUGCGCAACAUCCCCAACGGCUUCCAGGAGUUCCUCGAGCCCCUCUGCCAGAGAGGCUUCUGUCGUCUGACCCCUCAUCCUCGCUCGCCCGGCACCUGGACCGUCUACUUUGAAGGAGCCGACUGUGAGAGUCAUUUCUCUGCCGACAACUCCGACCUGCCAAUGCGGAAGGAACCGGAAAUCGUGACGGUCACACUCAAGAAGCACAAUGGCAUGGGCCUCAGCAUCGUGGCCGCCAAGGGUGCUGGCCAGGACAAGCUGGGCAUCUACAUCAAGUCUGUGGUCAAAGGAGGAGCUGCCGAUAUGGAUGGGCGUCUGGCUGCAGGAGAUCAGCUACUGAGUGUGGAUGGCAGAAGCUUGGUUGGCCUCUCCCAGGAAAGGGCGGCUGAGUUGAUGGUUCGUACGGGUUCAGUGGUGACGCUGGAGGUGGCCAAGCAGGGCGCCAUCUACCACGGCCUGGCCACGCUCCUCAACCAGCCCUCCCCUAUGAUGCCCAGAGCCAAUUCCAAGGACAAGAACGGCAAGCUGCGACCAAAGAGCGAGGGCUUCGAGCUGUACAACAACACAGUGCAGAACGGCUCCAGCGAGAGCCCGCAGGGUGCCUGGGACAACUACCCCGAACCAAAGAAGAUGACCGGAGAGGAGCGGCUGCUCAAGAACCGCGCUGACCACCGCUCCAGCCCCAACGUGGCCAACCAGGCUCAGAGUCCAGGAGGAAAGCCUGUGUACCCUGCAGCUCCAGGGAAGAUCACCUCAGUCUCCACUGGCAAUCUCUGUGCUGAUGAGGAGCCCUCCCCCCCACAUGCCGAGGCCUACCCCAUCCCCACUCAGACAUACCCCAGAGAGUACUUCACAUUCCCGGCCUCCAAAUCUCAGGACCGUGUGGUGCCCUCGCCCAACCAGCCUUGGCAGAACGAGGACAGGCCCCCGAUGGAGGUCCAUCCCAACAACAACAUGUCCAUGCAGAGAGUGGCACGCUCUCAGGAGGAGCUGAACGACGUGCCCGGCGGGUACCUGCAGCAGCAACAUCCGGACUACCAGCACGGCGGCAGCAGCGAACACUGGAACCAGCAGGUCUCCUCCUCCGUGGAGUCCAGCACCUCCAGCCAGGAGCACCUCAACUACUCCAACGCCUCCGUCAGCACCCUUAACAAGGGCCACAGCAACCACAAGAGCGGCCCAGGCCGCUGGAAGACCCCAGGGCCCCCCCCUGGCCCCGGCCCCGGCCCCAACUCCCAGCCGACACGCACUGACUUGCCCCCGCCGCCGCCGCCUCCACCAGCCCACUACGACUACGAGCCCCACCCAGACAUGCCGCUGCCCCCUCCACCUCAGCAGCAGGCGGCCGCCGCAGCAGCUGCCGCCGCCACCGCCGACCGCAAGAAGCGCGAGGAGCAGCAGCGCUGGUAUGAGAAGGAGAAGGCCCGGCUGGAGGACGAGCGCGAGAGGAAGAGGAGGGAGCAGGAGAGGAAGCUGGGCCAGGUCCGCGGCGCCCCCGGGCCCAACCACAACCAGCACGGCACCCUGCCCCCACCGGCCCACCACCACCACCCCCAGAUGCCCCCGCCCGCCGCUCACGGGCCCGGGCAGAUGCCCCCCCAGCAACCGUACCUGCCCCCCCAGCCCCAGCAGCCCCAGCCCCCUCUGCCCCAGCAGAUGCCCGCUGUCCCAAGCCGCCCCGACAAGCACUCCAGCCUGCCUCGCGGGAUGUCGGGCCCGGGCGCCCCCCCUCCUUCCGGGGACACGGUGAUCCGCGAGCUCCUGCCACAGCAGCAGCCGCGCACCAUCGAGCGGCGCGACCUCCAGUACAUCACCAUCAGCAAGGAGGAGCUGUCGGCCAGCGACUCGCUGUCGCCCGACCCCUGGAAGCGCGACGCCCGCGAGAAGUUCGAGAAGCAGCAGCAGCUGCAGAUCGUGGACCUGCUGGACAAGGAGAUCCAGGACCUGCAGGCCAAGCCCGAGCGCACGGCCGAGGAGAGCGACCGCCUGCGCAAGCUCAUGCUGGAGUGGCAGUUCCAGAAGCGGCUGCAGGAGUCCAAGCAGAGCGACGAAGACGACGACGAUGAGGACGAGGACGAGGACGUGGACACCACCCUCAUCAUGCAGAGGCUGGAGGCCGAGAAACGAGCACGGUUGCAGGACGAGGAGCGGAGGAGGAAGCAGCAGCUGGAAGAGAUCCGCAAGCGGGAGGCAGAGGACCGGGCCAAGCAGGAGGAGGAGAGACGCUGGAGGGAGGAGGAGAGGGCCAGGAGAGAGGCCGAGGAGAAGAGGAGACAGGAGGAAGAGUACUAUAACCGCCUGGAGGCGGGAAGGCGCCGGCAGCACGAAGAGGCCGAGCGCAAGCUGCUGACCCCCGACGAGCCUGGUCUGUACAGACCGCCCCUCCCCAGGGACUACCAGCCCCCCCCUCCCGCCUCCCCCGCCAACACAGCCAACACUAACCACAGCAACAGCAGUGCUCCUCCACCCCCACCCCAGAGAAACACCUCUUACCUCAAAACCCAGGUCGCAUCCCCUGACACCCUGUACACUGCCAAGUUUGUCUCGUACAAUGAUGAGGAGGAGGAGGAGGAUGCUAGCCCAGCAGGAUUUAAUUCGUACACUGGAAACACAACAGGGCUUGUAGGAUCGGGAGAAGUUUACAAGGAAAAAUGGAUUAAAAGGUAAGCGAAAGACACUAGAAUCCACUGGUGAGUGAUGAGAUUCUAUCAGAGACAAAUGCAUCUCCUCGCCAUUGCCCAACACCUUUCAGAUAUAUUGACAGUAUAACUGAAGAAUGCUCACCUAUCUCAGUGUCCAACUGGUUCAAGUGUUAAAUAGAUAAAUAAAUACAUGGCUUGAUUACAUUCCGUAGUUACAUAAUUCUUUAUUUGGCCAACCCCAACUGUCAAACCCAUGCACCUAUACUACCAUUCAAAAAUUUGGAAUCACUGAGAAGUUUCCUUGUUUUUGAAAGUAUCACAUUUCCCCCCAGUUUAUGCUGGUCUUCUAGGCAGAGUUGAAAAGAAAAAGGCAUAUCUGAGGCCAAUUAAAGGAAAAGACUCCAAUUAGCAAAAGGAAACCGAUUGGGUGGAAUAUUAUUGAUAAUAUAUUAUCGACCGACAGAUCUAAGUUGAGGUGUUUCAUCCUGUAACCCAUACAUUCCAAAUGAUGCCAGAUCUGCUUAGGGAAGAAGCAGCCAAGCUGUAAUGCUGCAAAGCAUUUUUAUUAGAUGGAUAAAAAUGUGAGUUUUCCUGGAAAGCAUAUCAUU